AUGUUCGUCCAAACCACUGACGACCCACUCGACGAGGUCCUCAAGCCGCCUCCGGACGAGUCUCCAGAACACCGAGCUAUAAGGCUGCAGAAUGAAGCAGAGGCAAAGAGCGUUAGCUUGGCUAUUGAUGCUGGCAUCAAGGCUGAACUACAUGCGAGGAGGAAAAAGCGGAUUGUGAGGCUGUUGUUGUUGGGUCAGAGCGAGUCUGGGAAAUCAACGACUCUACGACAAUUUCAACGACUGUAUACGCCCACUGCCUUUCGCGAGGAACGUAUCCUCUGGCGCGCCGUUAUCCAGCUCAACAUCGUCAGGUCAAUACGCACCAUCCUUAAUGCGCUGACCUUUCCUUCAACGUCACGGCAUACAUCACCUUAUUCGUCCCCUCGUUCAAGGGCACACACGAUAUUCCUGCCGCCUUUACCAAACCACCCGCCCCUUCCAAGCAUUGAAUACGAGCUAUACAAUGGGAAUGGGAAUGACACGACGCUAACCUUUGGCUCUUCCUCCCCCACGAGUGUCAACAGACACCCGCACCACCACUCCCACUCACCCCCGUCCAACCCAGAUUCGGACGCAGACUCCGAGUCUGAUUUUGUUUAUCCCCACCAGCACGGACACUACCCACACCGCAGCCCGCCCUCCAACCCAUCCAUCACACUCGCUCCUACACCAGGCUUGGACGCACUGAAAGCGCGCUUGUUGCCCCUCCGGCAUAUCGAGGCUCUUCUGAUUGCGAAAUUGGUACCACCGAACGAGGAGGAGGCGACGUACUUUGCCCGUGUUGGUGCUGGGAGUAGUGCAGGUGCUUCCUCCUCAACUCGGACCUCCACUUCCAAUUUAAGCGCCGGCUCAGGGUACGGCACGAACCACAGAUACAGGAACCAAGAGAUAUUCGUUAGACCGGGGCCGGGGUGGAAGGGCGGUUUAGCGCGUGCCAUCGCUGGAAAUACGGGUUUGGAAACGCAGGAUGAGCCGCAGGAGGUGUUGAAUAUGUGUAGGAGUGAUAUCAUUGCGCUUUGGCAUGAUGAGGGUGUUAGGGAAGUGUUGAGACGGAGGAAGAUUAGGCUUGAGGAGGGAUCGGGGUUCUUUUUGGACGACCUGGAGCGCUUGACGUCGCUCAAGUAUAUGCCUACGGAUGACGACGUCCUCAAAGCUCGCCUCAAAACCGUCGGUGCAUCAGAGUACAAAUUCGAGAUGGAAGCGACUGCUGGAAGGGAUAGCGGUACGGAGUGGAGGAUUGUGGAUACCGGUGGGAGUCGGAGUCAGCGUCCUACGUGGGCGCCCUUCUUCGAUGAUGUGGACGCUAUUAUUUUUUUGGCACCUAUAUCAGGGUUCGAUCAAGUACUUUCUGAGGAUCGGACGGUGAAUAGGCUGUUCGAUGGCAUGACAGUGGCGGUCUGCUCUUCCUCCCUCCCCUUCUUCCGCGCUCCCUGGACUCUUGUUGAUACAAAGUUAUUGCCUUUCCUCCUUCCCUGUUUAUGCUUCCAUGAGGACUCCAUACUUCUCUGGAAAGCUGUCUGCUCAAACAAGCUCCUCGCCAACGUUGAUCUGGUCUUACUCCUCAAUAAAUGUGAUAUCUUGGAGAAGAAGCUCAAGUUAGGGAUCCAAGUGUCAAAGUACAUCCGCAGUUACGGAGACAGGAAAAACGAUCUGGAUAGCGUUUCCAAAUACCUCCGGAACAAGUUUAGCGCUAUCCACAGACAAUACUCGCCUAACCCAAGAAAAUUCUAUGCAUUCUUCACGAGCGUCACGGAUACGGCUACUACGGCUGGUAUCAUCGCCAGUGUGAGGGAUAUGGUAUUCCGACAAACUUUGAAACAGUCUAAACUUCUAUGA